AUGCCAUACAUCACCGUCAACCAGAAACGCCUCAAUUACGCCGACUCGCACCCGGGGGGCGCGCCGGCCGGGGGCCUGACGUUCGUCUUCAUCCACGGGCUGGGAUCCUCGCAGAACUACUUCUUCGCGAUCUUGCCGCACCUUACAGCAACCCAUCGAUGCGUGACCAUUGACACGUACGGCUCCGGGCGCUCGCGCUUCACGGGGCUGGACCAGAAUAUCGGCUCCAUUGCCAACGACGCAGUCAAGCUCAUGGACGCGCUGAAGAUCUCAAGUGCCGUUGUCGUUGGCCACUCGAUGGGCGGCACUACAGCGCUGCACUUGGCUAGCCAGUACUCGGAGCGCGUCGUGGCUGUGGUUGCCAUUGGUCCUGUGCAUCCUACGGCGAGUACUGGGCAGAUUUUCGAGAAGCGUAUCCAGGUUGUUUCCGAGGAUGGAAUGGAGCCAAUGGCCGACAAAAUACCCGGAACCGCCACGGGCUCUCAUAGCACUCCCUUACAAAAGGCCUUUAUCCGAGAACUGAUCCUGGGCCAAGAUCCGGCGGGCUACAUAUCGCUCUGCCGGGUGGUUUCAACAGCCACUGCGCCAGACUACGCCGCCAUCAAGGUACCGCUGCUUGUGAUUGCUGGAGACGAGGACAAAUCCGCGCCCCUGGACGGAUGCAAGCAUAUCAUCUCUCGUGUCUCUAGCUCGACAAAGGUCCUUGAAGUUCUGUCUGGCGUCGGUCAUUGGCAUUGCAUCGAGGCGGGUGACGAGGUUGGGAAACUUAUAGCCAGUUUUACUCGAGCUCAUACAUAG